UUACAUUCCGCCAUUUUGCUUUGUCGCGGAGUGAACGUAAAAAUUAUUCCUAUGUAUUUUAUCGUGGAUUUUAGUUAUUUAGUUUAGAAUUAGUGUUUUAACACACUAAUGGCUUGCUUAAAUACCCUUAAGUUAGAAAUCAAGACCUUAGAACAAGUGUUUCCAAAAAACCAUGAACGCUUUCAGAUAAUGUCAGCUAGUGUCGACGAACUGACCUGCAGAUUCGUUGGCAAAAGUGGAAAGAAAUAUGAAAUUCACGCAAAUAUUACGGAAACAUACCCGAACACACCACCGGUGUGGUUUGCGGACAGCGAGGAUCCAAUUGUGACAAAUGCAGUUCAGAUCCUCACCAACACACAGGGAAGAGACAAUCAUGUUAUAAAUCAGGUGGGGAUACUGUUGCGGGAGCUAUGCAAGUUACACGGCAUACCGGAACCGCCCGACUUAGACUCGCUAACGAUACCUCUCCAUCCAAUGCCACCACAACAUAGAGUUCCAAGUGUAACGUCAAAUGGCGCCGAGUCGGGCACAGAAGAGGACGAGGAAAUGGCGGCUGAGGAUGACGACUCGGAGGGAGAGGACGACCUUCCUAUGGAAAUGGUUGAAGAUGCUGGACGCAGCAGCAAGGACGAUAUGGAAACAGAACACUUAGCGACACUGGAACGGCUGCGACAGAACCAGCGACAAGACUACCUGUCCGGUAGCGUAUCAGGCAGCCUACAAGCCACAGAUCGCCUCAUGAAGGAACUGCGCGAUAUAUAUCGCUCGCACUCCUUCAAGAACAAUAUGUAUUCCAUUGAGCUAGUUAACGAUUCUCUCUACGAGUGGAACAUCAGACUGCGUUCAGUAGACCCGGACAGUCCGCUGCACAACGACCUGCUGCUCCUCAAAGAGAAGGAGGGCAAGGACUCCAUACUGCUCAACAUCAUGUUCAAGGAGACAUACCCCUUCGAGCCGCCGUUCGUGCGCGUCGUCUACCCUAUUAUAUCGGGAGGCUAUGUGCUAGUCGGCGGCGCUAUCUGCAUGGAGCUGCUAACGAAGCAGGGCUGGUCUUCCGCGUACACAGUGGAGGCCGUGAUCAUGCAGAUAGCAGCGACCCUCGUCAAGGGCAAGGCGCGGAUCCAGUUCGGGGCCACCAAAGUCGUGUCGUCCUCGCAGUACAGUCUCGCGCGUGCGCAACAGAGCUUCAAGUGUCUCGUGCAGAUACACGAGAAGAACGGUUGGUUCACGCCGCCGAAGGAAGACGGCUAAUCCAGGCCCCUCCCGCCGUAACAUUAAGACUAACGUGCAACAGUUGACAGUAACGCCCAAACAAUGUCUCCUCUAAAUUGUCAAGUGACUCGGGUUGCGUGGAUAUAGUCUUAAAUUCCAAAACGCAACUCAGAUGUAAGUUGUGUUAAGUAUGACUGAACGUGAAUAUCUUGAGUAUUGUAUGUGUACUUUAAUCGAUAUUGUUAAGUGCUAUUAAUGUUCUGAAGUGCAACGGGCGUUCACGAGAGACUCUAUAAGACUUAUAGGAAAUGUUUAAUGUGUAACAUUUUUUGUAAUCAUUCAUUUCUCAUUAAAGUUAUCCGUAUGGUAGCCCUAGACGUUACUGGAGUGUAAAGUUGGAAAAUUCUUUGCAUUUCUUUUUAGUUAUUGAAAUAAAAAAAACCUGUGAUUCUUAA